AUGGUCAGACGUAAAUCGAAAAAAUCUUUUGUAGAGAAUACGUCCGAACUUUCGAAAAAGAUGCGUUAUACAAAAACUUUCGGUACUCCUAAAUCAAGUACAAGACGACAUGUGACAUGCGAUUGUAAUUUAUGUAAAGGUCGUAAAGUUGAUCCACUGGUCAAGGAAAGUGCAAACCAAAUAAAUGUUUCAGAUGAUUCUGUAGAUGUAGAUAUCGGUGGUGUUGAUAGUGAAAAUAAUGAUUCUAGCGCUGAAAAAACACAAUUUAGUCAUAGUAGAAUUGAUUUUCCAUUGGCUGUAACCGAACAGUAUAAUAGUGAUGAAGACCGAAAUGUCAAUGAAGACAUAUAUUCUAAAUCCGGUUACGAUGAUAAAGAUUUUGAUGUACACAAUGCAGAUAUUAAUCAAGGAUUUACGUGGAUCGUAUAUUGGAUCUUUAAAUUUCAAGAGAGAAAUCGGUUGUCUGAUACGGCCACCAACGCUCUUAUAAAAUUUAUGAGAUAUUUGUUGGUCUUGAUUGAUACAGAUUCAUAUUCAAAGUUCCCGAUAUUUUUAUAUAUGACAUGCAAAUUAUUUGGUAUCAGUGAUCAAAUAAUCAAAUAUGCAACUUGCAAAAAAUGCUGCAAAUUAUAUGCGGUAAAAGAUCUGCCAGCCGAUAGACCCUAUCAUUAUACGUUUCAAGAUUACCCAAAUCAUCCGAUGACCAGCUUAAGAUUCCCUUGUAAUGAUAUCGUUACAAAGCAGAUACCUACGAACAAAGGUUCUUUACAUAGUAGUAAACGACAUAUAGAGCCAGAAUUACUUAAAAUUGUUCAACGUUAUGUUUUUCUUGAUGAGCUAUCAACAUACGCCAAUGGUAACCAACACCUUUCGGAAUGCUUGUCCUAUAUUGCUUUUAAAGAAACAGUCGGUAGCCUUGCUGCUCAUAACGAUUUUGAUUUGAAAAAGUACUUCGAAUUUUUAUCAAUAGUAAAAGAUAUAAAAGAUAAAGCAGGAGUAGGUUCAGAAGCUUUUCCGGGAAUACUACUUAAACUAACAAAACAAGUGGAUUUACUGUCAGAAGUGUUAGAAUUAUUGGUCAAGUACUAUCAAAGCGCAUAUGAUUGUUCUUUCAUAUCAUUAUCAAAUAUUCAUAAUUCAACAUCAGAUUCAAGAGUAGUAUUACCGAAAGUAAAAUAUUUCGGUAGAUUAAGAAUAGGAGCUGAAGUCAUUGGUUCAACAUAUUCGGUAAGACAUAUCAGGUCGGUAAACAUAUUAUCGCAAUUUUCUAUCAUGCCAUAUUGGAUUUAUGAUAUGUUACCGAUACUUCAUGACUUGUUAUGA